AUGCAAGGUAAACAAGAGUUGAGUACUGGAAUUUAUGAUGCAGAAAAUUCUAAAAAAGAGCUUUCACAUGCAAUUAUUUUGCAUGAAUAUCCUCUUUCAAUAGUGGAUCAUAUUGGUUUUAUAAGAUACUCAACUUCUCUCCGACCAAUAUUUCAAGUUCCUUGUAGAAAUACUAUAAAAAAAGAGACACUCAAAGUAUACAAUAUGGAGAGAUCAUCAACUUUGAAGUUGUUAGAAAAUCUUGAAGGAAGAGUGGCCAUUACUUUUGACCUUUGGACCUCGAGCAAUAAAAAAAAAGGGAUAUAUGGCUGUCACUUCUCAUUACAUUGA